AUGGCGCGCAUCUUCAUAACCGGCUCCUCCGACGGCCUCGGUUCCCUAACCGCCAAACGCCUCAUCUCCCUCGGCCACACCGUCAUCUUACACGCGCGCAAUCCCUCCCGCGCGCGUGACGCCGCGGCCGCCUGCCCCGGCGCCUCAGCAGUCCUGGUAGCCGACCUAUCCAGCCUCGAGGAAACCAAAACCCUCGCCGCCGAGGCCGACAAGCACGGGCCGUACGACGCCAUCCUCCACAACGCGGGCGUCUACACCGAGAUGGAGGGCGUCCCGGGUAAAUCCGGCCUGCCGACGCUGUUUGCCGUGAAUACGCUCGCGCCGUACACACUGACCUGCCUGAUGGCACGGCCGAAACGGCUGGUGUAUGUGUCGUCGAGUCUGCAUAUGAGCGGGGAGCCGAGGGUUGGGGUGGAUGGGAAGGGUGGUAAGAAGAUUUUGGCCACGCGGUAUGGGGAUAGUAAGCUGCAUAAUGUCAUGUUUGCCAAGGCAUUUGCGCGGCGCUGGGGGCCAGGGGUUAGGUGCUACUCGGUUGAUCCGGGUUGGGUUCCGACUAAGAUGGGGGGUAAGUCGGCGACGGAUAAUCUUGAGGAGGCGAUUGACUCGUUUGUGAUGCUUGCGUUGGGCGAGGGGGAGGAGGGGUGGACGCCGGGGGGGUAUUUUCGUGGUGCGAAAGAGAGGAAGCCGAGUGCCCUGGCGGAGGAUACGGCGGUGCAGGAUCGGUUGCUGGAGGAGUUGGCCGAGAUCAGUGGUGUGCCUAGGCCGAAAGAGUAA